CCUUCUCCAGCCUGGAGAAGACAGGCUGCACUGUUGUGCUAUGAUUGAGGGCUAAUGUUUGGCUGAAACAGAGCACUAAGCCAAAUCCUCCACCAUCAUCAUGUUUUCAUCCUUGCAGGGGGAGGGAGGGUUGACUACGAGGCAAAGUGGGGGGAGAGGCAGACACACACGGGGCCUAGUCGCCACAUCUUUUCAUGCGAAGAAGCUGCGCCGCUAAACCACCCGUUUUUGGUUUCCCAAAACAGCUCCGGCCCGGGCCUCAGUCCGCGGUCUAGAGUUUGGUAGCAGGCUGUUUCAGACGGAAGCAUAUCGGCUUAUAGCUGCCAGCCUGCCCCUGUGCCCCAGCCACCAUCAUGGGAGACAGUAGAGAUUCUCGGAGCCCAGACAGUUCGUCUGUCUCCUCCCCACCCUCGGGCCAACGGUCCCCUCCGCUGGUUCCCUCAGCUGCCGCUUCCAUGACCUCCCUGCCUCCCAUCACCUCUGCCGGGGUCAACAGCCCCAUCAGUAGCAUCGGUUCCCCCUUUUCUGUUAUCAGCUCUUCACUGGGAUCCCCCUGCCUACCUGGCACACCUUCAGUUGGUUAUGGCCCUAUUAGCAGCCCCCAGAUCAACUCUACAGUGUCCAUGUCAGGGCUCCAUGCAGUGAGUAGCUCGGAUGAUGUGAAACCUCCACUGGGCCUGAAACAGCUGUCAGCUCACAGCCCAGGGCCGAUGCUUUCCCAGAAACGCCUUUGCUCCAUCUGUGGAGAUAGAUCCUCUGGUAAGCACUAUGGAGUCUACAGCUGUGAGGGCUGCAAAGGCUUCUUCAAGCGAACGGUGCGCAAAGACCUGACCUACACUUGUCGGGACAAUAAAGACUGUAUGGUUGACAAGAGACAGAGGAACCGCUGCCAGUACUGCCGCUACCAGAAGUGCCUGGCCAUGGGCAUGAAGAGAGAAGUGGCCAAGAUGAACGACAGAUCUGUCCAAGAGGAGCGGCAGAGGAACAAGGAACGAGAGGGCGAGGUGGAGUCGACCAGUGCAGUGAACGAGGAAAUGCCAGUAGAGAAGAUCUUGGAAGCGGAGAUGGCCGUGGAGCAAAAGACAGAGCUUCAUGCAGAUGGAAGUUCAGGAGGCAGCUCUCCCAACGAUCCUGUCACCAACAUCUGUCAGGCAGCAGACAAGCAGCUCUUCACCCUGGUGGAGUGGGCCAAGAGGAUCCCUCACUUCUCCGAGCUGCCCCUGGACGAUCAGGUCAUCUUGCUUCGUGCAGGCUGGAAUGAACUCCUGAUUGCAUCCUUCUCCCAUCGCUCCAUCUCGGUAAAGGACGGGAUUCUACUGGCCACCGGCCUGCAUGUCCACAGGAACAGUGCCCACAGUGCAGGCGUUGGAGCCAUCUUUGACAGGGCGCACAAUGCUGAGGUUGGGGCCAUAUUUGACAGGGUUUUGACAGAGCUCGUAAGCAAGAUGAGAGACAUGCAAAUGGACAAGACAGAACUGGGCUGCCUCCGAGCAAUCAUCCUCUUCAACCCAGAUGCCAAGGGUUUGUCCAACCCCAGUGAGGUGGAGCUCCUGAGAGAGAGGGUGUAUGCAUCUCUGGAGGCUUACUGCAAACAGAAGUACCCUGAUCAGCAGGGCAGGUUUGCGAAGCUCCUCCUCCGGCUCCCAGCACUGCGCUCCAUUGGUCUGAAGUGCCUGGAGCACCUGUUCUUCUUUAAACUCAUUGGCGACACGCCCAUAGACACCUUCCUGAUGGAGAUGCUGGAGGCGCCUCACCAGCUCACCUAGAGUAGCCAGGUUCGGUCCGGUCAGGAUCCGAUGCACACCAGGAUUACCGACACGACCGCCCCCUGCGCUGGGUCGUUUGCUCUUCUUACUCGGCCUCACUUAACUGCAGCACCUGCUGGUUUUAAUACACCGGCAAACACAUAUAAACACGAAUUCCUUGUCAAACUGGUUGACACACACACACACACACACACACACACAUGGAGAUUCUUGAAAUUGCAUACACAUAACAAAUGCAGAUGUAUACAAAUCAUAUGGCUCUGAAUGAACAGUAUGCUAAAACACACAGAUUCCCCCGUCUUUUCCCAUACUCUGUUUAACCAUUGGGGUUAUGACUUCAAGGCAUAUAUCCCCCCUUUUUAUCACACAUAUACAAUAUGUCUUAAUUUUAAGUUAGCCUUCCGUUUUCACACCUUCAUCUCGCAGUGGGUUUUUGCUUCUACAUAACUGGUUUACUUCCCCUGUAUUUGCUCGGGUAAUUACAGUUAUUGCUAGCCGCACCUCCAUAUAUUGUAUCCACCACUAGUUGGAUAGUUAUUCAUGUAUGAUUUUAGCUUAAAAGUCAGGUGCAUAGCAUUUCAAUCAACUGUCUACCGUUAAACCAAUUCACUUGUUAUUGUUAGGAGGUGUCCGGUAACGGACAGGCUAACACGCCCUCCCAGUGACUUCAUCCAAUCUCGUAAACAUUGAAAUAUUUUAUGCUUUUUUGAAUUUUCAUGCUGAAACUUGUUUGAGUUUCGAUUUUGAAGUACUGUACUCAUGAAAUGAGAGCUUUUUCCAAGGCAUUGAAAUCCAGGAAAAAGGGGCUGGGAGCACUUUGUUGAACAGACAACCUUAGUCCCUCCCACCCUGAUGCGCACAGCGGGCUUUGUAAGACAAGAAGAAUGACUUGAAUUUUAUUUUUUUUUCUUUAUAUUUUUGAUUUUAUCCUUUCCUCUACUUUGGCAGAUGUUUGGCAUUUUAAACAGCUUGAGGCUCGCCGGAAGUAUGGCUUCAUGGAAGAAAAAAAAAAUAGUAUUUGUUUCCCCAAGUCCUACCUUUUCUGGUGGUCAUUUAUGCACUUUUGUGAGUUGUAACUGUGUAAAUGUUCUUGUUUCCUACAAAUGACCAUCUGUUCUCAAACACCUAAGAUUAACUUAAAGGUACUAUGUGUAGGGUUUCUCUCAUUAUUGCAACACCGAAUCAGAUGCAAAGAUUUGUUCUAGAUCUUACAGCUCAAAUAAUUGGCCGCGUCCUGUACAGAUAGGAUUAGAUAAUCCUUCAGUGUAUCCCGCACUAACCACCAGUCCACUGGCUGCAAAAAGAGGAAAAUAAUUCCCUGCGCUCUGAACACUUGUGCAGAUAAUUGGUCGGUGUGUAUGUGACCGAUGUGGCGUACUGUUGAGUAAAUAGAACGACUGUUGUAAUCCUCUAUCCAGCAUUUAUCAGUUAAGUGUCUUUUUUACAGCAGGCAUUGCUGUGUGCACUCUGCCCUCCCUGUAAAACCUGAUGCAAACAGGUGAUUUCCGUGCAGCCUGCAGAUGGAAAGACGAAAGGACAAAAUGCAAUUAAAUUAGAUUUCACCACUGAACCGAAUUAGUGCUAUAUAAUGGAAAUCCUACACGUACUACCUGCAGCUUUUGUAACUUUUAUUCAGUAUGUAUUGGCUCAUACUUAUGUACAGUAGAUGUAAAUAAUAAACAGAGGAGUCAUGCUGAAACAAAGAUCUGUUUACACUUGAGAAAGUGGAUGAUGUGACUCCAGCAAACACAUUUUACAGCUCUUUUUUUUUUUUUGCUGUUAAAUCAACAUUGGACUUACCUCCCUUGUAAUGAAAAAAAACACCAUGAAACUGUUUUUGAGCCCAGGGCCAAACCACACCUCAUUGCUGCUUUUGCACCAACGUCUGCCAAUGUUUCCUGUUGUUCUUGGUGAUUGAUUGGCUGGAUUCUGUUGACAAUGGCACUUGACGUUAACUGUGAUUGAAAAAAUUUGCGUGCAACUGAAUCUGAGCGUUGCAGCGAGAAGUCGAAUGCAGCUACCGCAGAGAUCACGAGACAAUAACUAUGAAUUUAAACGUCUACACGCUCAGUAUAGAGCAAUACUGGGGUACACGUAAAAGAUUUACCACAGACUUGUGUUAGUGGAGUAUUUAAAAGUGUUGACACACUGAGGUUUAUUUAGCCUUCUUGUUAGUCACCACAUUCGAUAGAAAUUAGAAAGACAUUCGCAGUAUCAUUCAACAGGGAAGAGGAACAGCUGUCCUCUGCCAGGUGCUAAAUAAUUAAUAUGGUCUUUUAAUUUAAGACUUGCACAGUCACAUCAAUGCAAACACAGUAUGCAAGUACGCAGACAAAUCAGACGGCCAUUCUCCACUCUUGCUUAAAGUGUAGAUUUUCCUUUUUUUUCCUUCUUUGCUGUUUUAUGACCCCCCCACCAUCCCUGCAGACUCCCAAAUAUGGAAAACGAAAACCAGCUAAGUGCUUGUGCAUUUUGGCUGUGGCUGGGGAGACUUUUUUUUAUUCUACCAGACACAGCCAGAGCCUUUUGUAUUUUCGAAAGCAGACGGGCUGCUGAGGUGGAAGUAGCGGUUGAAUUUUCGGUCCGUUGUAGCUACUUCUGCCGGUUUGAGCGUUGAGCUUCCUGCCCUGCGGAUAGUCCAAAUACUUCUUCUCAGAGAGGAUCCUUGGCCUCCCCCAUGUGAUGCGGCCGUAGAGGCUGGCGGUUGACCUGUGAGACAGGUGUUUUGUUUAACGUGUAAGUUGGUCUAACCUUAGAGUUUGGUGUGUUUUUUUUUUUUCCCUCUAUCAUUGCAUACGUAUGAUCAACUCUAGAUGUCCUUUCAUUUCCUACAUGUCGAGGAACGUCAGCCCCUCACGCACCAUCGUCGAAUUAUUUUCUUGUUUGCUGGCGAAGAUUGCUUACUAAUUACAGGUAGUAAGCUCACGAUUUAGGCGAGAAGCACCAACAUCUGCCAGAAGUUUUGUACUGUUUCUGUUAGUGUCAGUGCUUUGGUGGGUUGCGUCGUUUGAGGUGAGCUUGUGGAGUUUCCAGGUUUGAGUGAGAGUGAAUGCGGCCACUGGGCUUUCGAGAUCUUUGAUCGUGAUUUAGAGCCGCGCAAUCCUGAGACAGCUGGAGCGUGGGAAGGAGUUUGUAAGUGCGACUCAAAACGAGCUGGUUUCCCAGCGUCCUUCAGAGAGUGAACUGACUUCAGGAACGUGCGCUUGUGUGAAUAAUCUCUUCUUCUCGUUGGUUGAUAUCAAACAAAAAAAAAAAGAAGCAAAUUCUCAGCAGGAUUUUCGUUUCGGGGCUUCCUCUGUUGAAUGUUUAAGCCUGCUGCUACUGCGCCAUGUUUAGAAGAGGGGAUGGGAAUAGUGAUGCAGGCAGUGGAGAGCUGGAGGGUCCACUAGUUGACAUUAAACACCAAUCGAACACACAUCCGACUGAGCGGAUGCAAAUCUGAGACGACGACUCUUCAGACAGUUAAAAUAUGCAACUCGUGUAUAUUCAUAUUGUGGUAACGUGGUUAAACAGUUGUUAUGCAAUAUAUGCAUCGUUUUUCCGGCAUUUGCAAAUGUUAGCUUAGCCUGUUACAUAAGUUAAUAAUGAUUGGCAGAGAUCCUGUAGAAUUCCCAUCCCUCCACAUAACGGCUUAUUUCAUUUUUUUUUUUUUGCAUUUCUUUACAUUUUGUUAUGAGCGUUUAAAGACGGAUAAAAGGAGUCAGUGCAGGUUCUGAAUACUAAACCACUUCAUCUGAAUCAGGCUGGACGUUUUAGCCAAAGCUGGUGGUUGUGUAUUUCAGUUUUAUUUUUUAAUUUGUUUUACGCUACGUGGCCACAUGUGUAUGUUUUUAUGCACGUUAAUGGAACCUGUCUGCAGCUGUGCGUGUUGACUGGCGGGUAGUCUGGCUUUGGCUGUGACUUUGCUGGGAGCUGUUAAAUAAAAUGGUUGAGUAAAAUAAUAAAAAAUUAAAAAAAAAAAAAAAAGGUGCAGGAAAAGGAGCCAGGCUGGAGGGGUGAUUAUCUGAACACAGCCUCGCCUCCUUUUUCCUUUUUUUUUUUUUUUUUUUUUUUAACCCUGUUUCCAUUUACUUUAAACCUAACGUAGCUUAUUUGCUCGUUGGAAUGAACGUGAGAAUAAGCUUGUGAUUCUUGGACAGUUUGAAAAGGAUGUGAAGCUUUUCCUGGGACAAGCGUUGUAGAGCCGUGGAGAAGGGAUUCGGUGCUGUGUGUGUCCCCCCCCCCUUCGCUUACUUUACUUGACGGCAGAGCUGCGACGAUCUAUGGUCCCCGCAGGAGACCGCUGAAUCGCACCGCACCGCCCACAAAUGUUUUUUUGUUUUUUUUCCUUUUUUUGUUGUGCACUCGAGGCAGACGCAUGCUGUGACCUUUCGACUGCGUAACAGCGUCGCCGUCGCCAUCUUUGUUACAUUUUGACAUUGCUCGCCUUUUGAAAAAUAAAGGCACUGAUUAAAUAUUUGAAAUGGAUGGCCCGGCUUUGACUGAAGACGGAUCACCGUGCGUAGAUCACCCGUGGGCGCCGAGUCUUUCCGGGGCCCUCUGGGGCCGAGGCCAUCCUCCUGUUCUGUUCAAUGAGGUGCAGUGUGCGCUAUGCAGCCUUGAAACCGCCACCGUCACUGGUUUAUUUAUCACUGCCAAGCUGUUUGCCGCCUUUUUUCAAUGCAGGGCCACUCAGUGCUUGUGUGUCAUGUAUGUUGUGGUUACUGUGCAGCACACUGAAGAGUGUGCGCUAACCUUGGCCUGUGUAAUGCAUACUAAACAGGGGCCCUAAUAGGAAUGAAAUGACAGCUCGUGUGGAGAGGGGAGGACCGGUGCGUUCGUGUGGACUCCUCUGGGUGCUCAAGCUGUGCAUUGGUGCUUUUCUAAAGGGCCCCGCAGCCUGAAAACAUCUGCUUUAGUAUCUCAGACACAGGCAAAUGCAUAUAUAAGAAGUGGAAUUAAAAUGAGGAAUGAUUUAAGAGGCCUAGCCGAGUCCUGAACCUGCUCUUCUCCAGUUGGAUGCUCGUGUGGUCGUAGGUGGGCGGACGCUGCAGAACAGCCUCAUCUGCUUCAGAUUAUAAGGGAGUGACUGUGGUUCUGUCCACGGCGACAGGUCUGGUUUGCAAGAGACACCUCUGAGCAGGAUGUCAUUACUUUGAAUGAGCUUGAUAGGAGGCGUCGACCAAAUCUGAGCUCUCUCCUCCUGAAGGAGGAGGAGGUGGAGGUGGAGGUGGUUGGUGUUUAAGGCCAGAAAGAGGAGAGGGGCAGGGACUUGAAGAACUCAGAUCAGGUGUUCGGUUGUUGAUCGAGAUAAAAAACAGAUAAUCCUAUUUUCCAGUAGAUCUAGAAUCUUCCUUAAUUGUUUACUCUUCACUUUGAAAACUUUCACACACUGUUUCUUCGUCUUGUUUCCCGUCUCCCUCUUCUCCAGCUACGAUAUUUGUCUUUUGUUUAUUACGAAGUAUUGAACAAAUACAAGAAACUGUAAAAAUCACAAUGGAACCUGUCAAACUCUUCUUUUUAAUUUUUUUUUCUCUCUUUCUCUUGUGUCUGUUCUUUGUCCUGUUCUUUGUACAUGUGGAGCUGAUUGACUAUUGUGUGCUUUGGGGAUUGAAAGAAGAAGAAGAAGAAAAAAAAAUCGGAAUACGUUUUUCAGUCAUUAAUUCUGAAUCUUGUUUCUGUUUGUUGUAUCAUGUCUGAGUAAAGGUUUUAAUACUGUA